GGAUAAAAAUGUAAACGUAACAACGGCAUGACAACAGUCGGUGAAAUUUAUAUUUACUAUGGCGAGGGCAGAAAAUGUCUCCCUUCACAAAAACAGCAGCCUGAUACAACGUCAUUUCAGGAGAGCUCUGCGCGCAUCACAACGGAAUCAGCGGCUCGGCAUCUGCCUCUCCGGUGACCAACCAGCUCUACAGGAAGAAUAUCCAUAUUAAUAUCAGCGCGAAGUGCGCCGCCACCGCCGACAUAUCCGUUUAUCUGCGGGCUUUUACGGUGAAGCCGCUUCUCGGUUAGCGUACAGGCACCGACAGACCGCAUUUGUGAAUGGUUCUAUGGGCCUGCUUUGCACGGAUGUUUUUUUCCUCUCUCUCUCCCUCCCUCUCUCUCUGUAGCGUCGCAGUGAACUGCACCAUGGAUAGCGAAGCGCUUUCUCAUCGAGCUCCGCGCGGAGGGUGAAUGAGGAUGAGGAUGUUGUUUACAAAAAGCAGUCAGCCGUCAGCGCACUGAUGCUCGGUCUCCCGACGUACAAUUUUGCAUCUAAUCUCUCAUGACACGUUUGGAAAUUACUGUCAGCUCUGUCUUUCCUCUAUGAAGAGGGCAAUGUCAUCGUCAGCAGACCGGCGUGGAUUUGUUGUUGUCUGAUUUUACUACGUACUUGUCCUCUGCAAUUCGACUUCACGCCGUUUAUGUAACUGGGACGGGGGAAAGCUUUCAAAUCCUUCCCCCUGCUCCUGAUUGGUCCUCUAUACCAUGAGCUCUGGCUCCGCCCAGGAUGUGGCGGUGGAGAAUUUCCUGCGUGACAUAGAGCGGCGGGGCCAGUGGCUGCACUGCGCUGUGAUUGGCUGUGAGGAGGAGCAUCAACGUGGCGACAUGAACCUGUUGUACCGUAAAAGUCGACUGGACUGGAGACACCGAGAUCAGGAGGGAAAGAAAAGCUCCAAUUAUAAAGAUGCCUCCUCUGCAACGGUUGGGAAGGUUCGGGAUCUGGCAUCCUUUCGGCGUCAUUUCCGAAUGGGAUUUAUGACGAUGCCGGCGUCCCAGGACCUGUCGCCUCACUCUUGUGCGGCCGCCAUGGCCCCACGCUCUCAGUCCUGCCAUGCUGUGGGCACCGGUGAAGGAGAGGAGCUGGAGAAUGGAUACUAUCCAGACUCAGACCCCCAAAACCAGUCUAAUCCAUCCCGCUGCCCCCCAGCCAAGCCUAAACGACACCCCAAUACUCGUUUGAGCUCCACACCCCAGCAGGAACAUUCCUCCCGCGGGGUCCAUGCACCCCCUGACACUCCGCCACCUCCACCUCCCAAUCACCCACCUAAACACCCUGAGAAGCGGAAUGCAAUGAAGAAAUCUGAUUCAGGGGAUAUGUCAGGACGUAAGGUUCCUCCCUUGAAGCCCAAAAGGAGUCCAAGCACACAGCUCUCCUUUGAUCCACCACCUCCUCGGGUCCCACCACCGACCACACCUCUUCCCUUCCAGAGCUCUGAACACUCCCCACGGGGUGAAGGAAAUGAUGACGAGCCAGUUUACAUUGAAAUGGUGGGCCAGGUCUUCACCCGAGAAACUCACAGUGCCCCGACUCCUCACCCGCUCACACCCUCUGCCACCACUCCGGACUCUGAUUCAGACCAGGGAGAGGCUAUUUACGAAGAGAUGAAGUACCCGCUACCAGACGACACUGCUCGAGAAGCCCAUCGCCGCUUACCCCUCAAACACGAGCGUGUCAAGUCCUCUAAAGCGUAUCACUCCUCCAUCAUCUCGUCCUCUUCAUCCUCCACCUCUUCCUCGCUCCCGCGCCCCUCCUCCUCCUCUCCAGCCUGCUCCUCCUCAAAGCCUAAAGCGACAGUCUCCAUCUCUCACUCCUCUCCUCUGCCUUCAUCCUGCUCCUCUGCGUCCUCCACACCAGUACCUCAAGCCCUGUCCUCUUCCCCACACCCUCCUCGUGCUCCCACACCAUUCCUGCUCCCAGGAUCCAAGUCUGAACAUGAGCCCAGUUCAAGUAAAAUCCCGGCACCCUUCCCCAACCUGCUCCAGCACAAGCCUCCGCUUCUGGCUUUCCCCCAGCCCGCUGCUGCCUCAAGUGGGGUCGGUGCUCAACACAAGUCCAGCUCUGCUAAAAUCAGUGUUCAGUCGGCCUCCAGCCUGCCAUCAUCUACCAGCACCUCCUCCAACAUGAGCUCAACCAGCACCUCAAAAGAGUCCUCUGGAGUCGACAAGGAGCGAGAGAAGGAGAGGAGGGAUGGACAGCUGGGGCCGGCACCGGGACUUAGAGCCCGCAGUCAUUCCACUCCCCUUCCUCCAUCCUCAAAGUCCACUUCUCCGUAUUCCCACCACCAUCAUCACCAUCACCCUCACCACAGGCCUUCCCAUUAUCACCAUUAUCGCAAGCCAGAGAAAGAGUCAUCAUCAACAGGCAAGGGGUCAGGGUCCUCCACACAAACACAGCCUAAAGAGGGCAAGUCUGUCAGCUUCCUGCUCAAAUCUGAGAAAUCGGAGAGAGAAAGGGACAGAGAAAAGGAUCGGGAUCGGGAUCGGGACCGUGAUCGAGAUCGAGAUCGAGAUCGAGACCUGAGCACGCCAUCAUCCAGUCAUUCUGAGACCCCCUCAUCAAAUUCAUACACGCACACUUCUCAAACUGGCACAAGCACUACGCCAACCCCGAGUCAACCGUCAUCAUCCACGGCAGCCACGCCACCCUGCUCUUCUUCUUCCUCCUCUCAGCGGCCGCCAUCUCGCUCUCACAUGCAGCGCUCACACACUCCGCAUUUAUCUCAUGGCCUUCCUGCUUACAAACCUCCACCCUCGGACAGCCCCCUGCUCUGGACAUACCCUUCGGUUGGCUUCCGCCGGCCGCCCGCCUAUGAUAGCUUGCGUGGAUGCUCUCAGUUGCCAUCUUUGCAUGCAGAUCAUUGUAAAACUGGAUCCGCAGCUCAUGCGUUGCAGGCCAAGGCCGGAUUCCUUCCAUGGGAUAGUGCAGCUGCCUUAGGGCUCACCGAAGAACAGGCUUACUGGCCCAUGCACCGAAAAUUAUCAUUCAGUCAUGGGAGCCGAGAUACAGAGAAAGAGGAUGGAAGUGUGUGGAACGGUAGCGCAGACGGUCUGUUGAGAAGAGAGAGGGAUGACCUAGGAGCCAUGCGGAGUAGUGGACAUUCUGGAAUACCUGUGCGGGCAACAGGGAGGCACAGUGAGAGUUUGGCUGGGGCAGAUGGACCACCAGGGUUGAGAGGACUGAUUCGAGCGGGACUGCCCUUACCCUGCCAAACCUUCCCAGCAUGCCGCAAUGGAGAGUUGGGUCGCCUUGGCAGGUCAUCCUCCACAUCAGGAGUGAGACAAGUAGGGGGUGACGUUCACAGACAGAGCAGCCUGCCGGCCAGAGAAGCACUCAACCAGAUCCACGCUCUGUCGCAGGUUCAGUCUCAGGCCCCGUGCAGUCCGUCUCUGAGCCGGCAGCAGCAGUACCAGCACCAGCAGCAGGUCCAGCUCCAGUUCCAGCAGUUGGCUCAGCUGGCAGCGCAGGCACAGGUGCCCAUAAGUGGGGGCUCAGCCGGCUCCUCCACAGUCCCAACCCAGCGUGACGGCAAACUCUUGGAAGUGAUUGAACGAAAGCGCUGCCUAUGUAAGGAGAUUAAGGCUCAUCGCCGGCCUGAUAAGAGCUUAUGUAAGCAGGACAGUAUGCCUAUUUUACCCAGCUGGAGGAGGACGCCAGAGCCCCGCAAGACAGGAACGCCGCCCUGCCAGAGGCCACAGGCUGUGGUGUGGGACACGGCCAUCUGACCGAGGCACAGAGAGCGAAACAGAGGGUAGGGAGUGAAAAAGACAUAUCUGAGAAAGACAGAAAGCUUUUCUUUUUCUUUCUUUUUUAUUGCAUGGGAAAGACAAAAUGGGAGUUUUGGGGGGGGAAUAAGAGAAGUGGCCUUUGAGUGAAGAGAUUAAAGUAAGACUGGAAAGACAAAGCGGGAGCGUUUUGCUGAGAGAAUAGCAUGAUAUAGACAAAAUCUCUCCGUAGAAGCGGGAGGAAAUGUCCACACAGUGUUUAUGUGCCAUAUAAAAGCAGCAGCUGAACACAGACACACACACACACACACACUGGAGAGCCGUCUGAGUCUGAACUCUUCCUGACCUGCUGCGAAUAUAACCUCUGCUGCUGAGUUUACAACCUUUUUGAAACACACUGGAAACCUUUGGAGCAUCGUGACAUUAGU